AGAGCGGCGCCCCACCACCGCCUUUGCGUCAACCAGCCCUCUCUCACACACACACACAGUCAGUGACACAACACAACACAACAUCAGCCCUGAGCUCGCAGCAUCCGCAUCUCACGGCCAGCAGGACCAGGAGCACAUCCUCAUCCCAGCAUCCAUUCCACAACUGCCUCUGCCAUCGUCUGCACACUGCAGAGUCACGGCGUGCUCGCUCUCUGACUCCACUCGGAUUAUUUCUCUUUGUUGCAUUUUGUGUUCCUCGGGAUGGUUUGAUGUUUUAACCGCGAUUGGGAGGGAAAACAGGAUCCAGACGCGGAACAUCGCUGUCCUAACGCAGUUACAUCCCGACCGAGCAGGAAUCUGGUAAGUUUGUUUUCCUUUAGAGACAUAUUCGUGCGAAAAAGCGUGAAAAUUAUGAGUUUUUGUUAAGAAAAAUAGAUCCGUAGUUAAAUUUAAUCGAGGAAAUAUGUCAGUAAACCAAUUAUACACGGUCUAAUCUAAGAACAAAAAGCAAGAUAUAAACAUCUACAUGGGGGAGAUAAGGAUUUUCAUGGUUUUGCCCCCGCCUUUUACGCCCUGCAUUUUCAUUUCGACGCAGCCGCUCAGAUUCAGCACCACGGAGAGCUCCCGAUGUGCACAAGUGCUCCUCCCAGCCAGCACCCCUGCAUGCUUUAAAUUCAACCCCCUUCAGCCACAUUAAAGCUGCUGCUGUGGAAUUUACCCGCUAUUAACGAAUCUGGUUGAUGGGAGGGUGAUGGAAUGAAGGAUCGAGCCGCCUGGAUCCUGCGCAUGUCGAUCCAUCGCGUCUCUUUACAAACGCAGAGGUACCGCAGUGAGGAGGAAAACAUGUCGUGCAAAGAAAUAACAUCUUAUUUUCUCAUUGUUUUCAUCUUAUUUUAAAAGGAGGUCACAGAUUUGACCUUGGAUUUGCGCUUUAACUCUGUGAAUCUGAUGUGAAUCAGCUCGACCUUCACCUGUUAUUAAGGUGUUUACGUUUCUGUCUUCCAUUUUAGUGAGAGGGGUGGCGCGUGGUUCACUCGUCGGCCAUUGCCCAUAAAAUAUGAAUCUCUCACCAUGAAAUAUUAAUGCAUUUACUAUAUAGAAUCCAUUUAUACCGAAUGUGGUGCAGGAUUCUUUUGAAUACUUGAUGCACAAUCACAUUCUUGAUUAUUUGCACGUUCUUCUCCUGCAUAUUUAAAACGCAGAUUUUGCAUUACACCACUCUAAAAGCUUUAUAAUGUUAGCAUUGAUUGAUCGUGUGCUGCUAGGAGGAUCCAUACUGUUUGAAUUUAUUAGUAUGAGCUAAAGGCUGAUCCAUUCCUGCUCCUACUGAGUCAGAUCAAUGCUGCUUAUCAGCCUGAGGUCCAAUCAGAUAAAGCACUUUGCAGAAGGACUGAGAUUGUAUCAGUUAUAAGCCGGAUCAUUAUGGAUUUUAAACAACAUCGACAAUAUUUUUAGCACUUUUUGGAAACACCAAUGUAUGAUCAAAAGGUGGAAUGGAUUUUUCUGAUUAUUUUUCUGAUUAUUGAUCUUUUCUGCCUCCAGCAGGCGCAGACAGAGAGCUGAAAAACAAAAGAGACCGUUAAAGCCAAAGCGAUCGCAUCUCCCCGGUUUUAGAUGCCCAGCUGCAGCCUGUAGCCCGGGACCCUUCAGCUCCCAGAAGCAACGAGGCUCUGAGACACUCAGGACCCCCCCUCUGGUAGACGCUCCUUUGACCCAGUGCGGCUGAAGCCCCUGGACGCCCUCCACCGUCACCAUGGGAACCGUGCUGUCUCUAUCCCCCAGCUACAGGAAGGCGGCUCUGUUUGAGGACGGCCCUGCCACCGUGGGUCACUACACGGCCGUCCAGAACAGCAAGAACGCCAAAGACAAGAACCUGAAGCGCCACUCGCUUAUCAACGUGCUGCCAUGGAAACGGAUUGUAGCAGUGUCGGCGAAGAAGAAAGGCUCCAAGAAGGUGCAGCCCAACGGGACCUACCAGAACAAUGUCACCCACCUGAACAAUGAGAACCUGAAGAAGUCGCAGUCGUGCGCCAACCUGUCCACCUUCACCCAGGAUCAGAGCACCCCAGCUCUCACCAAGACCUCCAACAACACAGCAUCGUCCGUGAAAAAGGCCCCUCUUGCCAACUCCAAUGUGGCCCCCGGGACCCCAAAGAGGGUGAUUGUGCAGGCCUCCACCAGUGAGCUCCUGCGCUGCCUGGGCGAGUUCCUGUGCCGGCGCUGUUACCGGCUCAAACACCUGUCACCCACUGACCCUGUGCUGUGGCUGCGCAGCGUGGACCGCUCCCUGCUCCUCCAGGGUUGGCAGGACCAGGGCUUCAUCACCCCGGCUAAUGUGGUCUUUGUCUACAUGCUAUGCCGUGACGUGGUCUCCUCUGAGGUAGCCACGGAGCACGAGCUGCAGGCCGUGCUGCUCACCUGCCUCUACCUGUCCUACUCCUACAUGGGCAACGAAAUCUCCUACCCGCUCAAGCCCUUCCUGGUGGAGAGCUCCAAGGAGACCUUCUGGGACCGCUGCUUGUCCAUCAUCAACCUGAUGAGCGCCAAGAUGCUGCAGAUCAACUCAGACCCGCACUACUUCACUCAGGUGUUUGCGGACCUGAAGAACGAGAGCCAGAAGGAGGAGGAGAGGAGCCGCCUGCUCAUCGGCCUGGACCGGUGAGGGAAAGCUGGGGGGAGGGGGGAGCAUAGAGGGGGUUAGGGGGAGGUGGGGCGUACUCCAGUCUGGCAUUUUGACACGUUUGAAAGGAUUUUUGUGAUGAUUUUGAUACGUCAUGGUUGAAACUGCUGUCGGUUGAGGACAAUUGGUUAGGAUUUGACAUUCAGGCAUAAUCAGGUAUAAAACAGGGAUGAUAAAGUCGACUUGUCGGCGCCUUUCUUACAUCAAAGUGCUUCAAAAUGAGGAAAAGAGAAAUAAUUAAAUGAGAGCUAAAAUCACAAAGAAAGGGUUUAAAUUUAAUAAAACUAAACGUUUAAAAAGGCCAGCAGGACAGUCUAAAACAAAGUCUGAUGAUAUACAGACACAGAAAACCAGUCUGUAUCAUCCUCAGUCCUCACAGUCUAAAAAACUCUCUUGGCCUCUAAAGUUUUUCGUCUUUCUUACUGAUGCCCAUGACGGCAUUUAUAAAUUAUAGUGAAUUUAAAGUUAAGUGUGUCUGCAGGGUACCUGGAUGGACAUCAAAAAUUAAAAGAAAAGAAGUAUAAUGAAAGAGUGAGGCUGUGCUAGCUGGACUCUAAAGUGAGGAGAGGAGCAUUAACUAGUUACUUAAGAUAGAGGGACUUUUUGAGCAUCUGUAUGUGAGGCUGUAACUGAAAAAACAGGUUAGGAGGUGGGAAAGAGAGCAGGCUAAGCUAGCUAAAGGCUGGUCUCUUUUAUUGGGAAAGAAAACAGCCUAAGCUAGCUAAAGAAAGCAGGCUAAGCUAGCUAAAUGAACAGCCUAAGCUAGCUAAAGGUUUUACUCUUUUGUUGGGGAAGAAAACAGCUUAAGCUAGCUAAAGGCUGUUCUCUUUUGUUAGGAACAAAAACGGGCUAAGCUAGCAAAAUGCUAAAGUGAGGAGAGUAGUAUUUACUAGUUUCUUAAGAUAGAGAGACUUUUUGAGCAUCUGUAUGUGAGGCUGUAACCGAACAAACAGAUGAGGAGGUGGGAAAGAGAGCAUACUAAGCUAGCUCAAGGCUGUAUUCUUUCAUUGGGAAUAAAAUCAAGCUAAGCUAGCAAAAGGCAGUUCUUUUUAUUUAAGAAACACAAUUGGGCUACGCUAGCUAAAUGAACAGGCUAAGCGGGCUAAAAGCUGUACUCUUUCAUUGGGAUAGAGAACAGGCCAAGCUAGCUAAAUGAACAGGCUAAGCUAGCUAAAGGCUGUUCUCUUUCGUUAGGAAUAAAAACAGGCUACGCUAGCUAAAGGCUGUUCUCUUUCAUUGGGAAAGAGAACCUUUAGCUAGCUAAAGGAUAUAGUUAAAAAAGGAGUAGCCUAUUAACUAGUUGCCUAAGAUAGAGGGACUUGUUGAGCAUCUGUUUGAAAGGCUGUAACCGAACAAACAGGUUAGGAGGUGGGAAAGAGAACAGGCUAAGCUAGCUAAAGCCUAAAGUGAGGAGAAGUUGUAGCUUGUUGUUUACGUUGUUUUACUUCAAAUUAACUCCUUUUUUCCAAUUUUAAAUCGUGUUUAAUGGAUAACAGUCGCUCUGCUAGCCAGGAGCAGGAGGGGAAAGGCGACUGUCAUCCGUUUGUCUGAGACGUGCAUCAAAUAAUCGAGGCCAAAUUCUAUUUUCAAGCGAGCAAAGGAUGGAUAAUCUGUAACCUGAGAAUGAAAGCUUUUUUGAGUGCUACUGAAACAGAAAAAAAUGCCAGACUUGGGUAAAUCCUUUUGCUUACAUACAGAUAUAUAUCUAUAUAAAUCUUUCAAAAACAUUCAGAAAAAGGACUGAACAAAAAGAGACACUAGAAAAGGGAGCAAACAUCUACAGCAAUGAAUGUGGACAGGACUGAGGCUGCAGCAGCCCACCAGUGACCUUCUGACUGUUUGACGAUGUGAUGUGCACUGCCUACUGCAGGAGGGUGAGGGCCAUCGCCUGACUGGCUUUCUCCACGCAUCACAGAUGAGCGAGCAUCCACGGCUGCAAAACCCGGCUCUCUGGAACGCCAACACCACCGUCUCCUCCCCUCCAUUACCACGGAUACGACCAGACAAUUUCUGCUGCAAUGCCUAUCUGAAAAAGAACGGCAGCGGCCAUUAAUGCUGGAUCCAUGUUUUUGCAGGACUUUUACGCUACCAGGGAAGAGUGGAUGGACUUUAUGGUUGCAUUGCAUUGUGGGACUUUUGAUAAGAGGACAUCAGCCGGAGGAGGUAUGGCCACCGUUAAGUGGUCAUACUGUGUAUUAAAACUUUAUUUUCAUCUAGAAAAAAUACAAGUUAAUGGAUGUUUUACUCCCCAGAGGCUAACACCGAUGGAGGCUUAUUUAUUGCUUUUCUGGAACAAGUUUUCGUUGAUUUUCAUUCUUUUUUACUUAGAAAUGUAACGUUUUGCACGUGUGCCAUGCGAUUUUUUUUUUUCAAGGAGGAGAGCAGGAGCAACUAUUACAUUACUUCUUUUUACUUGAUUUAAAAACCAACUGCAUCUGCAUUAGAGAAUGCUGUGAACAAAGUGACACUAGUUUUUUUUAGCUAUGCUUGCUAAAAUAGGCUAUUUGUUUAACCAGGGAACUUCUUUUUGUACUGUUGUCGAUAGGUUGUGUUGCAACCACUCUUGAAUGAUGUUUUUGAUUUUGUGCUUAUGAUUCAGCAUAGAAAAUGUUAAAAACAGUGCCAUAUCUUUGAUGGAAACCCCACAAGUCUGAGAGCUACUGAACUGUUUGUCCUGCUGGUGGUUGCCGGGAGGGGGGGAUUUUCAUCUUCUAAUAACUACUUACUGACACCUAAUUUAUUGCCAUUUAUGUAUUUAUUUAGGCACAUUUGAUGUAAAUGGAAGAGGAGAUUUUGCAAAGGGAAGGACAUGAUGUGAGGAGGUUUUGCAGGUGUGCUUAUCUUUGGUGGGAAUGAAGAUUGAUUUGGUUUAUGCAAAUGGUUGUUGCAGGUAUUCAUUGAUCGACAUGUAAUUAGAAAGCCCUUUAGAUCAAAACCAAUGCUUAAUCUGACCAUCACCAAAGUCACAUCAACAAGGACACCUUGAGGAACACAACACUGACAUUAGCGCCCUGAAAACAUCUUUUUAUCCUGCAACACUGGAGCUAACCCGCCCUGCUGUGCCACAUAUCACAGAUAGUAAGCACACGCGUUUUUCCACCAGAAUAAAACGACUCUAUCUGCAGAAAAGCACAGCUUACCUUGAGGAUAAUCCAUCUGCAUCACCUCUUUGUUAGAACAAAUGCAAGGUAGGAUGUAGGAGCUGCAGCAGAUGAGGAUAACACUCGAUUAAAUGGUGUGCAACAGCCAAAACAGAGAGCAUGCAGCAGCUUCAGUAUUUCUCUCCUCAAUCGUAUGAGAAAGUGGUUUCUCUGAUCAUCCAAACAAAGAGAAACUCUGCAGACUCUUUAGCGGUGUUAAUGGACAGGCUGUGCCAACAAAAGGCUUCUGUCAUGUUUUUAAAGUUGUUCCAAGAGAGCGGAAGGCUUCCCCCGUCUGCUGUGUUUGUGUGAGUCAGAGGAAAAUGCAGCUCCGAUUGUCACAUCCUGGAGUUAGAUCAAUGACAGAAACUUCUUUUGGAGCGUUUUUUUUAGCCGCACAAAAAAGAGGGCGCAGACUUUGGAUGGGCUUCUGCUCUGGCAGGAAAAAGCAGGUGAUCUGGGUCCCCGAAAAACAAAGACCCUGAAUCCUUUUCUGUCCGUCCACCUGCCCCGACUCACUUGAAAUGUGCCAUUUUUUUCCCACUUUGCAUCAUUGAGUAGUUGUUUGAGACUUUCAAAAGCUUAUAAAAUAUGAAAAAAGACUCAAGUGAUAGUUCAAGAUUUCUGUCAAAUUCUUUUCUGUAUCUUGUUGCGUACUUUGUAGAUAAAAACGACGAAACAGUGGUGAAGAGGUUCAAAAAGGGAGACAUUUGAGGGCUGCAUGUGUGUGUGAACGUGUGUGUGAGUGUGUGUGUGAGUGUGUGAAUGGCAGUGUUUUAUUUGUACAGAAGAAUGUGUGACACAUUGUUUUCUUAUGGACUCGGAGUAAACACAGAUCACACUGGUACCAGGACUUGGUUUUCCCUUCGCAGUGGUGAGGGAGGGGCGUCGACGCUGUUCAAUAAAAAUGUUCUUUUUGGAAAAAGACAAAAAAGCUCUCGCUGUAAUUGAAAAUUUUUUCAGUUAGUUUCUGCUUAUUUUAAUUUAUUUUUGUACUGUGAUGGAAAAUAAAAAUGCACUGAUCGUUCAAGACGGCCGUUUGUCUUUUUGUGCCUGACUCACAGGUGGUUAUUU